AUGGUCUUUCUAUAUACCCUAUCUGCAACUGAGGGACCCUACCCGAGUUUCGACUCUGGUGAGAUGCUUAGGGGAUACAGGGUAAUCAAGUGCGAGGAUGUGUUCUCUAGGGAUUUCCUUAGUAAAAGUGUAGCUGAGGUCAGCAACAAAUGGGAUGGCUUGAAGCUCAAGCUUAUCCCAGCUAAGGAAAUUCCAAGACAACCACUGGCUCGUAUUUGGCUGCCCCUCAUGAGCAUCAAGCCAAGCGGACCGGAGCUGAUCCGCAGUCUCCAGAAGUUAAACCCGCUGAUUCCUAUGCAUGACUGGGUAGUCAUUAAGGCUGAAGAGCCGCAGAAGAACAGCGCGUCUUACCUUCUGAGGAUCUGCGAGGUCAGUCGUGGGGCUCUCGAAAAAGCCGAUUUCAAGCUACGUUUUGGCAUUAGGAAUGCCAAGAUAAAGAUUCUACAGAGUCAGGAAACGGACCCUAACCUAGUUGAGGAUACUGUCGAGGAUGACGGUGUCCCCAAAGAGGCAGGGUCCUCCGGCAAGGAGCUGGUAACUGACUGUGUAGAAUCUAUUCCGAAUUGA